GCCUGAAACUCUGAGUAACAGAUUUCGUCAAGCGCGAGCGAUAGUGGAUGGAGCCUUCCUGGUUCUCCGCGACUGCUCUUAAAGUAGACUUUGCGCACUCCUUCCGGUCGCAGCACUAGCCAACUCUUUUCUCAACUUCACUCAUCUUUCUCGCUGGGCGGUCGUGGUGUGCAAAAUGUUCGGGGACAAGAAGCAGCAACAGCAGGAGGAUGGCCUUGCGCCUGUCGCUACGAGCGAUGUCGGAGAUGUCGAGGACUAUGCCAACAAGCCCAGGGCGGAUCCAAAUGAAUCAGAUCCUUUCGGAGAGCUCUCGCAAGAUGGUCCAAAUUACAAGAACGUUGGCUGGGCAGGAAGCGCUAUCCUCAUGUUCAAGACUCAGGUCGGGUUGGGUGUCUUGGGUCUCCCAGGAGCUUUCGACGUGCUAGGCAUGAUACCUGGAGUGAUCGUUAUCCUCACAGUCGCAACUAUGACAACUUGGGCUGCCUGGAUGGUUGGACAGUUCAAGAUCAACCACCCACACGUUUAUGGUAUCGACGAUGUCGGACGAAUCAUCGCCGGCAGAAUCGGACGCGAAUUCUUUUUCUGGGCCUUUGUCCUCCACUUUACAUUCCUUGCAGCAUCUGCGAUGCUGAGUAUUUCGAUCGCCCUGAACUCGGUGUCCGUCCACGGUGCCUGCACUGCCAUCUUCGUUGUUGUUGGCGCCGCCAUUGGUUUCAGCUUCGGCAGUAUCCAGACUCUCGGCAAGGUCUCCUUCAUUGCAUGGGCCGGCGUGAUCGGAAUCCUGAGCGCAAUUUUCACAUUGACCAUCGCUGUCGGCGUCCAGGACCGCCCAGCAGCCGCACCACAAGAAGGACCAUACGAGUCCAACUACCAGCUGACCAGGACUCCCACUUUCGCACAAGGCAUCUCGGCCGUGUCCACGAUCGUGUUCGCUUUCUCCUGCCUUCCGGCGUUCUUCGCUUGCCACGCUGAAAUGCGAAACCCAAAGCACUACACACGAUCCCUCCUGACUGCCCAGGGCGCCGUGACCGUCGUAUACCUCAUCAUUGGCAUCGUAGUCUACUACUACUGCGGUUCAUACGUCGCUUCCCCAGCCCUCGGAUCUGCCGGUGCUCUUAUGAAGAGAAUCUGCUACGGAAUCGCUCUGCCAGGUCUGGUCGCAAGCUGCAUGCUCUUCGUCCACAUGCCAGCUAAAACAAUCUUUAUGCGCUUCAUGCGUGGCACUCGACACUUGACAUCCAACACUCCAAUCCACUGGAUGGCCUGGCUAGGCUGCACUGCCACAAUUACCAUCGUGGCAUACCUCAUCGGAUCCGGAAUCCCAGUCUUCGACCAACUUCUCUCGCUCGUCGGUGCGCUUUUGGCUACUGUCACCUGCUUCCAACCUACAGGAUUAAUGUACUUGUACGACAACUUCAAGCGGCCUAAUCGUGGCUGGACAUGGUAUGCUGGAGUCGCUUUCAGUCUGUUCAUGGUUAUUGGAGGUACUUUCGUUACCGUUGGUGGCACGUAUGGUGCUAUUCUUGGAAUCGUGAACUCUUCGGAUCGUUCCAGUCCAUGGAGCUGCGACGACAACAGUAACUCUACUUAAGAUGCAACGAUUGAUGCGAAUGAUUUAUGGCGGCAUUGCAUGGCGGGACUAUAUGCAUAGAUAGCGGGAUACAGGCAGCAUUUCCAAAGGCCUUUUGAGCUUUUCUACGCAUACGGAGUUCAUUUCCGCGUGCCUAUGUCGUUCUCGUAGGUGGUGCAAUUAAAUUGAGACCUGAUGCACCACGAUUCCUAACCUCGAGGAGCGCUUUCUGCCGAUGCUCAAACAUCACCCGGCACCUCGGAC